AGGGAGGGAAGGAGGCACCCAGGCAGGCCGUUGGCGCGCGCCUCCUGGUCAGGCUGGCCGCGCUUCGCCCGGGCUCCGGAGGCGCCCUGCUUCCAGCGCCCGGGCUGCUUCCUCCUCUUGCGGCCGGGCCCCCGGGACGCCCCGCUUGCCUCGGCAGGAUGCAAGGGGACGAAGGCGGCGGCGGCGGCGGCGCGGGCCCCGGGAGCGCUUUGGGCAAGAGCGCGUUCCAGCUGAGCGCCGAGGACGUGUACGACAUCGCCUACACGCUGGGCCGGGAGCUGCACGGCCUCCUCAGCAGCAGCAGCAGCAGCAGCCCGCCCGGCGCGGAGCUGCCCGCCCGGGUGGCCCAGCUCCAGUUCCAGGUGGUGCGCGUGCUGGAGCUACUGGAAGCGCUGGUGAGCGAGAAGGACCUGGCGGCCGAGGCCCUGCGCAUGGAGCGCGACAGCCUGCGGCGGGAGGCGGAGGGGCUGCGGGCGCAGGCGGCCGCCGGGAGCCCGGACGAGGUCAACCUCGGCCCCAACAAGGUGGUCAUCGAUCUGACGGAUGUGAAUCGCCCCCGCUUCACGCUGCAGGAGUUGAAGGAGGUGCUCCAGGAACGCAACCGGCUGAAGGCCCAGCUGCUGGUGGCCCAGGAAGAGCUGCAGUGCUAUAAGAGUGGCCUGAUCUCGCAGAAGCAAGACUGGGUGGAGCCGACCCAGAAGGAAGCAGCCUCAGGCACUGCGGUCGCUUCCCGUACAGGAACAGAGGAGAAAGGCGCCAUCAGGCGACUGUUUGCCUUUAAAAGGCCACGGUGAGGAAGAUGUCUUGCUGCACUCCGAGGAUUCAGGCUGCGCAGGAAGCCAACAACAUAAACCCCCGAAUGCCGAGACCGGCAAUAUUUGAGGACUGUGCUGAUGGUUCUCUGAAGCCUGGGCCCGUCUCAGGGGUUGUGUUGCAAUGUGAAGUUAGCUUCCUCCCUUGUUUUGAUUUCCUUUUGCUGAGGUUCAAGAAUAAUACCUGUUUUGUUAGGAGCCUCAAACUUCUCCUGGAGAUGCUUAUAUGUGCUCUGCAGGGGGGGGGAGAGAAUAAAUGCACCCACCUUCUUUUCUAGAA